CAGUGACAUGUUGGUGCGUGACGUCAGUCUGGUGUCAGACUUGCAGAGUGGCAGGCUGUCCUGACAGCCCCAGUGCAUUUCCUUAGUGCUUAGUCCCCACAGUGCUCAUUUGGGAGCAGCUCAAAGACAAAGGAGUUGAGUCUGAUUUUUAUUCCAGUAUCCUUUUUGCCUGUAGUUAAAUGUCUGUUCACAAAUGUAAUUUUGAUGAAGGCUGCCAUAAUGAAAGAAAAGUGACCUGUAAACAUCCAGUCACAGGACAGCCAUCACAGGACAAUUGCAUUUUUGUAGUGAAUGAGCAGACCGUUGCAGCCAUGACAUCUGAAGAAAAGAAGGAACGACCUAUAAGCAUGAUAAAUGAAGCUUCCAACUAUAACAUGACUUCAGAUUAUGCAGUGCAUCCAAUGAGUCCUGUAGGCAGAACUUCACGAGCUUCAAAAAAAGUUCACAAUUUUGGAAAGAGAUCGAAUUCAAUUAAAAGGAAUCCUAAUGCACCUGUGGUCAGACGAGGUUGGCUUUAUAAACAGGACAGUACUGGCAUGAAGCUGUGGAAGAAACGCUGGUUCGUGCUUUCUGACCUUUGCCUCUUUUAUUACAGAGAUGAGAAAGAAGAGGGUAUCCUAGGAAGCAUACUAUUACCUAGUUUUCAGAUUGCUAUGCUUACCUCUGAGGAUCACAUUAAUCGCAAAUAUGCUUUUAAGGCAGCCCAUCCAAACAUGCGGACCUAUUAUUUCUGCACUGAUACAGGAAAGGAAAUGGAAUUGUGGAUGAAAGCCAUGUUAGAUGCUGCCCUAGUACAGACAGAACCUGUGAAAAGAGUGGACAAGAUUACAUCUGAAAAUGCACCAGCUAAAGAAAUCAAUAACUUUCCGAACCAUAGAGUGCUAAUUAAACCAGAGGUCCAAAAUAACCAGAAAAACAAGGAAAUAAGCAAAAAUGAAGAAAAAAAGGCAUUAGAAGCUGAAAAAUACGGAUUUCAGAAGGAUGGUCAAGAUAGACCUUUAACAAAAAUUAAUAGCGUAAAGUUGAAUUCUCUGCCAUCUGAAUAUGAGAUCGGGUCAACAUGCCCAGCUCAGACUGGACACUAUAGGCCAGUCAAUGUGAAUAGUUCGGAGAACAAAGCAGUCAAUGUUAGCCUGGCAGAUCUUAGAGGUGGAAAUCACCCAAAUACAGGGCCCUUACACACAGAGGCUGAUCGCGUCAUCCAGAGGACAAACUCAAUGCAACAGUUGGAACAGUGGAUUAAAAUACAGAAGGGGAGGGGUCAUGAAGAAGAAACGAGGGGAGUAAUUUCUUACCAAACAUUACCAAGAAAUAUGCCAAGCCACAGAGCCCAGGUUAUGGCCCGCUAUCCAGAGGGUUAUAGAACACUCCCAAGAAACAGCAAGACCAGGCCUGAAAGUAUCUGCAGUGUAACCCCUUCCAGUCAUGACAGAACAGUAGGACCUGGAGCAGAAGAGAAACGGAGAUCAAUGAGAGAUGACACCAUGUGGCAGCUUUACGAAUGGCAGCAGCGGCAGUUUUAUAAUAAGCAGAGCACCCUCCCUCGUCACGGUACUUUGACCAGUCCUAAAACCAUGGUUAAUAUUUCUGAUCAGACAAUGCACUCUAUUCCCACAUCACCUUCCCAUGGGUCAAUAGCUGCUUAUCAGGGAUAUUCCCCACAACGAACGUACAGAUCAGAAGUAUCUUCACCAAUUCAGAGAGGAGAUGUGACGAUAGACCGCAGGCACAGGGUCCAUCACCCUAAGCAUGUCUAUGUGCCUGACAGGAGGUCAAUGCCAGCUGGCCUGACUUUACAGUCUAUCAGUCCCCAGAGCCUCCAGGGCAAAACGCCAGAGGAGCUUACGCUGCUGCUAAUAAAGCUGAGACGGCAGCAGGCCGAACUGAAUAGUGUCCGGGAGCAUACGUUAGCACAGCUCAUGCAGCUGAAACUUGAGGCCCACAGCCCAAAGAAUGAAAUUCUUUCACAUCAUCUUCAAAGGAACACCAUAUAUUUGGAUCAUCAGCUGUCACAAGAUGAAUGUAGAGGCACAUUAUACAAAUACAGACCUGAAGAAGUGGAUAUUGAUGCCAAGUUAAGCCGGUUAUGUGAACAAGAUAAAGUGGUACAUGCCCUGGAAGAGAAACUUCAGCAACUCCACAAGGAGAAAUACACGCUUGAGCAAGCUUUGCUAUCAGCCAGCCAAGAGAUAGAGAUGAAUGCAGAUAACCCAGCAGCCAUUCAGACUGUGGUGUUACAGAGGGACGAUUUACAAAACGGACUGCUCAGUACAUGUAGAGAACUCUCUCGAGCCACUGCCGAACUGGAACGAGCAUGGAGAGAAUAUGACAAGUUAGAAUACGAUGUAACUGUUACCAGGAACCAGAUGCAAGAACAGCUAGAUCGCCUUGGCGAAGUUCAGACUGAAUCAGCAGGAAUUCAGCGUGCACAAAUUCAGAAAGAACUUUGGAGAAUUCAAGAUGUCAUGGAAGGACUGAGUAAACACAAACAGCAAAGAGGCACUACAGAAACAGGUAUGGCAGGGUCAAAGCCUUUCUCAGCAGUUAAGUACAAAAAUGAGGAAGAGGAAGUAGUCCCACCUCGUCCUCCACUUCCUCGGUCCUAUGACUUUACAGAGCAGCCUCCCAUAAUCCCCCCUCUGCCCAGUGAUAGCAGCUCCUUGCUCUGUUAUAGCAGGGGCCCAGUCCAUCUGCCUGAAGAAAAGAAGAUUCAUCAAGUUCAAGGAUAUCCAAGAAAUGGAUCUCACUGUGGUCCAGAUUAUAGACUCUACAAGAGUGAACCAGAGUUAACAACAGUGGCAGAAGUUGAUGAAUCUAAUGGAGAAGAAAAAUCAGAACCUGUUUCAGAAAUGGAAACUUCCGUUAAAGGUCCCCACUUUCCUGUUGGAGUAGUCCCUCCCAGAACAAAAUCACCAACACCUGAGUCUUCGACAAUAGCCUCCUAUGUAACCUUAAGGAAAACUAAGAAGAUGAUGGAUUCAAGAACGGAAAGGCCACGAAGUGCAGUGGAACAGCUCUGUUUGGCUGAAAGCACCCGACCUAGGAUGACUGUGGAAGAGCAAAUGGAAAGAAUAAGGAGACAUCAGCAAGCAUGCUUAAGGGAAAAGAAAAAAGGAUUAAAUGUUAUUGGUGCUUUAGACCAGUCACCCUUACAGAGCCCUUCAGGUUUAAGAGAUAAUCCAUUCAGGAUUACCCAGACUCGAAGAAGGGAUGAGAACAUUAAGGAAUUGGAUGCUGUCAUUAGAGAACAUGAUGUAAAGCCAAACCAUGAAACUCCUGAAGCAGAAAUUGUUCGACUAAAAGAAGCUGAACCUCAAAAUACGGAUUUCAGCAAAGAGUUGGAAAAAACUGAGGACAUUUUUUCCAAAACACUUUUCAAACCUGAACCAAAUGGAGUAAGUUCGGAGGAAGUGAUGGAUAAAGAGGCAAACAAAGAGAAAAUGCCCGAGGAUGUUUCAUACAGCCCUCAGGAUGAGACACAGAUCACAAAUCAUAAGGCAGAAAGUCACCCUGAAGAAAAUACAAAGGACACUAUUCUUGAGCAGGAAGAAACUAUUGUUUCUUAUGAACAAACUCCUGAUGCUUCCAGAGGAAAUCAGACGGUGGCAGUGAAAAGUCUGUCUCCAUCUCCUGAGUCCUCGGCAUCGCCAGUUCCAGCCACUCAGCCGCAGCUCACAGAAGGAUCCCAUUUCAUGUGUGUGUAGUCUCAGAAAAACUAUACUGACUUCUGUUGAAACCAUUCAAAGCUAAGGACAUGGACCUUCGGCAAUAUGAGAAGAUAUUGUACAGUAUAUUUUAAAUCUAUGAAAUUCAUAGUUCUGAUGCUUUUGGCCACAGAGCAUCAUUUUAUCACUUCUGGAAAAUGUUUAUUCCAAACAGCUUUAAUGGCUUAUAUGUACACUCCGUAAUCUCAAGGUUGCUGUUCUAACACCAGCUUGCUGCUAUGAUUUCAGAGCACAUAAGUAAAGGUGCUUUUUUAAUGUGCAGUCUACAGCCAGAGCUUACUUAGUUGCUGAUUUCCGGAUUUUGAUGUUUCUAAAGUUUAGGUGGAUUUAUAUUUCGUUUUGCCUUUUCGGUACAUAAACUUAGUUAUUAUUUCCAACGAAGCUUGUCUUCCUUUUUUUUUCCUCCUCCCAUUUUGGCUACUGCAAUGCUUUGUUUCACACUUGAUUUGUAAAAAUUUUAUAUAUAUAUUUAAAAUGUGCCAUUUUAUUAUCGCUAAGUGAAGUACGUCCUGUUUUCUGCUAUAAUUAUUUCCCAGUCAGAUUGCAAUGUCAGCAGUUACUGCCACACUCUUGUCAGCUUAAACACAAAUGUUACCGCUUACUUUUUCUUAAAAAUACAAUUUAAAAUGUAGGUAUUUUGAAGUACUGGGCUUAUACUUCAAUUGGGAUAGAUAUGUACAGCAAUAAGCAGGUUUUCAAAUCCAGUACUUAGUUUGUGUACAAAUGUAAUUAUGUUCAUUGUGUAUAUAUUAUACAAUGAGCACAUGUAAGUAUUAAAGGCUACUUACUAUUGUUUAAAUGCAAAUGUUCAUAUCUCAUUUCUUUUUUAUCAUG